UGAGCUGACAACUGUAACUACUUGGAUGCAGCCAUCCAGCCAAGUCCUUAUCUAGCCAAGUCCUUAUGCAUCAAAUAGUCCAUCCAUCAAAGCCAUCUCUCCCCAGUUUAGCAGCCAGAAUAUUGUGGGGGACUCUAUCAAAGGCCUUACAGAAGUCCAGGUAGACGGCAUCCAUAGCCCUUCCUGUGUCCACUGAUGCUGUCAGUCCAUUGUAGAAGGCCACUAGGUUAGUCAGGCACGAUUUGCCCUCAUUGAAGCCAUGCUGGUGCUCUCAAUCACCUCUGUCUUCUGUAUGUUUCGAUGUAUCUUCCAGGAGGAUCUGUACCAUGAUCUCACCAGGCUGCCUCGUCAGUAGUUCCCAGAGCCCUCCUUAUUACCUUUUUAAAAAUGGGUGUGAUAUUCCCUUUUCUUCAGUCACUGGAGUCUCCCACCCAUGGUGCCAGCAUGUGUUUUGGGACCAGUGGUGCACCAGUGGGCGGCUGGCUCGUUUGCGUAGCUGCAAGGGAGCCUUUCUUUUCUGUGACAUUGCCCAGUACUGACAUGGGAUUAGAAAUGGGUCUGUGUUGGCUUGGGAUGGCUGUCAGAACAGUGUUUUUUCAGACAGGAUUUAGCUCUGUCAUCCUUUGAGUUAUGUUUUCUCAUGAUUUCUGAUCUCAUCCAGUCAUGACUGCAGAAAACACCUCAGUGCUGAACUGUGAUGACAUAGUAAAGACUCGCCUUCUCUUCUCCUGCUGUGCUGGCUUUAUGUAUUGGACAACACUUGCUAAUCAUGAUAGAAACCAGACCUCUUGGUUUGUUGGUUUUUUCCCCCAUGCUGAGGGUUUUAAUAACCAUGUGAUCGAACACUGUUUUGAUCCCACAAGUACUCUCUUGUGUUCCGCCCUUGUCAAUGAAUCUAGAACCCAUUUUUCACUGUCUAAAACUUGUUCAUGUCUGUUCUUCACUUGAUUAGUUGAACUGACAGGUAUCCAGGAUUCUUGAGGAAGCUAAAAUGUCACCAUCUAUGCAUCUAAAAUAACUCGUAUGGAUCCAGAGAGUUCUGAUGUGUUGCAAAGAGGAGUCAUAGUCUCCUAGCUGGCUUAUCUCAUGUGCUUAAUGUAAAAGGUUUAAUCUUUUAACCUGUAAGUGUAGCAAUGUUUGUGGGCAGUAGCUAAGACUGUAGUAAUCACUGCAGGAUCAGGAACGGAGUCAAGGCUUCUGACAUUUUGAAGUGGUACCACUGCUCUCUGAAUUUUCUUUCCCUGUAUCAAUAGGCAAGCAGCAAGCCCCCUCCUUAAAUUAGUCCAUCUCUGGAAGCCUCAUAAAUGUGUUGUAGAGCAUCUAAUUGAGUUGGUGCUGAAAUUACUCUUAAUUUUAUUAAAUGGAAACAGUUGCUCAAGUAUUGCCAUUACAUGCUUUUCACCUUGCAGAAAAGGGGAAUGAGGGACCGGAAGAGAAGAGGACAGAGUACAGAGAGACUUUGUUUUCUGGGGAGCCCAAGCAAAAGGACAAGUGUACUGACACAGAGGAAGACCAGCUCCUUGAAGAACCCAAUGUUCAAUAUAGCUCCAAAGUAACUCAACACCCAUCACUAGCCAGUUCCAUCACAGAAAGCAAUCCUCCCCCCAGAUCUGACAGACCUUCAUCCCCUGAGGGACCUGAACUGGUGUAUGUCCCUGCUGAGCCUGCACAGCUUGCUGCCCAUGUGCUAGCCAUGGCAUCAAGUGAAGCAGGACAGCCACCACCAUGUUCCAAUGUGUGGACCCUCUAUUGCCUAACUGACUUGAGACAAGGUCAAAAAUCACCACCAUCCCUUCCUCCUGCUGGGGCCAGUGUUCCUUAUUCCCAGGCAACCCUCAGCCUUUCCAGAGGGGAAGAUCAACAGUGUGGUCAACUGUCACAAGUAUCUGCUCCAAUUUAUGUGAUGCAAGAGGACAGCAAGAGGGGAAAUGCUCCACCUUUCAUUUUAGUGGGCUCUAACAUUCAGAAUGCGCAGAACUGGAAACCUCUUCCUGGCCCCACUGUCUUUGCGCAGCAAGGGGCAGGUGCUAGGAGAAGACUCACUACUGUCCCAGUCCCAGUUGCCAGGCCAGCUGAUGAGGAAACAGAUAUGGCAAGCCCCAAUUUUCAUUCUGCAGAGGAAACUGGGGCUAUGCCACGCACAGCCCCUGUUUUCUCAGUUGCCAUCCCUCUGGAUGACAUGAUGUCUGCAAAGAAAGGCUCACCAGCUGGUGAUCAGCACACAGGUUGAGAAGAGAGGCUGUAUGGACUUCAGGAACAAUGGAGUUUACAUUGUAAUAAAUCAAAAGAACUUACUGCAAAUGCUCCAAGAAAGCCAGCAAUUAGAACUGCAUUCCCA